AACUGAUUCUGCAAUCUGCUUGCUAGACGAGAAAAAAAAAAAAUCAAGCUCAGAAGCGAGAGAGGGAGCUGAUGAGUAGUGCCGGCGGAGGAUAAGGAAAAUGCAAACCCUUGUCCAUACUCAUCCCUGUAAGUCUUUUGCUCUUCUCAGUUCUUCACCACCGUUUAAUCUUUAUGAAUCAGUUCAGUACACAGCUUUGAACUCAUGUUCUGUUAAGAGAGCCCCAAUUAGCAGAGUACCAAAAGCCUUGCCAUUUUCUAGGAAAGUUCGAUUCUUGAGAGAUAACCAUGUAGUACUUUUCUCGAAAAAUGAUAGCUUUGAUGAUUUUUCCAAUACCCAGUUGCCAGGAAAGGUUGAGAAUGAUGGAAUUGAAGGAAAUGAGGGGCUUGAGCUGUUAAAUAAGCCUAGUCCAGCACCUGUGAAUAAUGGGAUUGCCUCAGAAGUUGGUAAAGAAUCUGAAAAGGCUAAUAAAGAUGAGGCUUUGCAGCAUUUUUUGAAGUUUUUUAAGCCGAGAGAUUCAUUAGGAGAAGGGGAAGAAGUGGAAAACAAGGGAGUUGAAUUAGGAGUUUCUCAGGAGGAAAGUGAUGAAUCUAAGAAGGAAAGUGAUGAAUCUGGGAAGGUUAAUGUGGAAUAUUAUGAGCCAAGACCUGGUGAUUUUGUGGUGGGCGUUGUUGUUUCUGGUAAUGAGAAUAAACUUGAUGUGAAUGUUGGGGCAGACAUGUUGGGUACAAUGUUGACAAAAGAGGUGCUGCCUCUGUACGACAAAGAUAUGGAAUAUUUAUUGUGUGAUAGGAAGAAUAAUCUUGAGGAGUUUAUGGUUCAUGGGAAGAUUGGAAUUGUUAAGGAUGAGGAUGCAAUGAGUGGGGAGCCAGUCCUAGGAAGGCCAGUGGUUGAGACUGGAACAGUUCUGUUUGCCGAGGUUCUUGGAAGGACUCUUAGUGGUCGGCCUUUGCUUUCAACACGACGAUUCUUCCGUAGGAUUGCAUGGCAUCGAGUGAGGCAGAUAAAACAACUCAAUGAGCCCAUUGAGGUUGAAUUCAGAGAGUGGAAUACUGGUGGACUCCUGACAAGAGUUGAGGGUUUGCGGGCUUUCCUUCCAAAAGCUCAGUUGAUGAAGAGAGUGAACAACUUUGCUGAGUUGAAAAACUAUGUGGGGUGCCGAAUGUACGUGCUGAUUACUCGAGUAAAUGAGGCUAAUAAUGACUUGAUACUGAGUGAGAGGGAAGCUUGGGAAAUGCUGCACCUUCGAGAUGGAACGCUUGUAGAUGGAACUGUUAAGAAAAUUUUACCAUAUGGAGCCCAAAUACUAAUAGGUGAAUCGAACAAAAGUGGGUUGCUGCAUAUCUCAAAUAUGAGCAAAAACCGAAUCACUGCUGUUGGUGACUUACUUAAAGAGGGGGAGAAGGUCAAAGUCCUAGUUGUGAAGUCGCCUUUUCCUGACAAAAUAUCCCUCAGCCUUGCUGACCUUGAGAGUGAGCCUGGCCUAUUUAUAUCAAACAAACAGAAAGUGUUUUCUGAGGCUGAAGAGAUGGCUAAACAAUACAGGCAAAAGCUACCAGCUGCUAUAGCUCCUCCUAACAUAGAACCCUUCCCCACUGAAGUUCCCCCUUUUGAAGAUGAAGCAAGUCUCUAUGCAAAUUGGAAAUGGUUCAAAUUUGAGAGAGAUGAUGAAUCAGAUUGACUACUGAUUAAAGGUUUCAUUGCCCUCAAUGAACUUGCAAAGCUGAGGAUCAAGGUCUUACGCUUCCAACCCCUCUGUUUGUCAAAUGAGCACUCACCUUGCCAUUGAAGAAAAGGGAAACUUCUCUCAUUAGGCAAACAACCCUUCUGCCGGAAUUGGGAGAGAAAUCUCCUCUAGCAUGUGAUUAUGUUUCACAUCACAAAUCCCCUGUUCAUCUGGGAGUUCAGGGAGCAAUAGACCAACACAAUACAAGAUAAUCACGCUCUUAACAUGACUUCCACUGUCAAAUGUUGUAUCAUCAAACAUUGUGUUACAAAUGAUUCUUGUCUGUUGGCAAUCAUAAUGUUUAUUUUGAGAGGUAAUGAUUUUUCAUUGGAGCUUUUGUUUUCUUGAUGUUUUUAUUAAUUUAAUAAUAAGAAUAAUAAAAG